UGCUGUAGAUCUCCUUACUGCUGUGAAUCUAGACAUGGAGUCCUCUUUUGGACUUCCAUUAGGAGUAGAUAAAGCAGAUUCUGGAUUUUGUGACUCAAGGGGAGAGUCCAGGCUUCCAGACCGAGCAUAUAAACUCAACAAUGAAUCUCAGCUAAGUGUAACAACAAAUCAGGUAUUUCCAGACGGAUUCCCAGAGGAUUUCUCAGUCCUCUUGACAAUACGCCCAAAACAGGGAAACCGUGGUUAUUUAUUCACAAUAUACAGUGGCAGAACAGCCCAUGAAACAUUGGCAGUCCAGAUGGGUGAAGACCCCAAGUUUGUAUAUGAGGAUAGCACUGGAACCCCGGGAGAGAAAAAUUCACCAGUAUUCAAAGGAGUCAAUUUUUCUGAUGGAAAGUGGCACAGGAUAGCCUACAGUGUAAAAGGAGACUCGGUUACGCUAUACAUGGACUGUAAUCUUAUAGAAACCAAAAAACUAAACAGGUCAAUUCCGGCAAAUGUGGACAACGAAGGUGUCAUUUUCAUUGGACGGCAACUUAUGGAAAUGGAAGAUGUGACAUUUGAGGGCGAUGUCCAGGAUCUCAUCAUCAUUAACGAUCCCCAGGCAGCCUAUGAGCAUUGUGAGAUCUACACUCCUGAAUGUACAGAAGACUUCUUUGGAUAUGUGAAAAAAGAAUAUGACGACACUUACUCUGUUGGAGAGUCAAAAAAUAAUGACUCAUAUUACUCAUCUUAUGAUCUGGAUGAGGAUGUGGCGGGGUCCUAUGGGUCUGGGGAGUUGGCUGCUGGCACGGGAGACUUGGAACCAACCUAUGGUGUCGGAGCAGGUGUUUAUGGCCCUGAUGGAGGUUAUGGAUCAAUAUCUGGUGCCUAUGGCUAUGCAGGACCCCCAGGGCCACCAGGACCACCUGGGUAUACAGGACCAAAGGGAGAAGCUGGUUAUCCUGGCCGUGAUGGCAUUCCAGGAGCUAAUGGAUUACCAGGUCCUCCAGGUCAUGUGUUCAUCAUUCCUCUAAGAAACCCAGGACAAAAAGGCCCCAAUAAUGAAGUCGAAACCUACAGACAGAUGCUUAGUCAACACAUGCUUGCAAUGAGAGGUCCACCAGGAGCUAUGGGAUUCACUGGACUGCCAGGACCACCCGGUCCAUCUGGUGAAAAUGGCCCAAAGGGUGAUAUGGGUGAUCCAGGGGAGCCGGGAUUACAAGGCCCAAGAGGGUACCUGGGCCAGGCUGGAAAGAGAGGAAGAAGGGGUCGACCAGGUUAUGAUGGGGAGAGGGGGCAGACAGGGCCUCCAGGAAACAAGGGCGGUAUUGGUUUCCCGGGACGACCAGGUUUACCAGGAGAGAAGGGAGACAGGGGUAUGAUAGGUGUCACUGGUGAGAGAGGACCACCUGGUCAUGAUGGAUCAAGGGGUGUACCUGGUCUACCAGGCCCCCCUGGCGACCCAGGAGACAUGGGACCAAGAGGGUUCCUAGGACCAAGGGGACCACCAGGACCAAUAGGAAACCCUGGUAUCCCUGGGGUGGAAGGGCCAGAAGGUCAAAAAGGAAAUGCAGGUCCAGUUGGUCAGCCAGGGCCUCCAGGUUCUACAGGACCACCAGGAGCCAGGGGAUCUCCAGGUCCAGUGGGUCCUCUCGGACCUCCUGGAAUUUCUGGACCCAGUGGGAAGCCUGGUCUACCUGGAAUGCCUGGAGUGGAUGGAGAGAUGGGACUGCCAGGACCUGAAGGAGCAACAGGAGAUAAGGGGGAGAGAGGAGAGAAGGGUACCCCAGGAAACUCAGGAUACCCAGGCCCCAGGGGUAUCAAAGGAAUGCCAGGGACCAGGGGACCAGUUGGCGAGAAAGGAGAGAGGGGUAUCACUGGCCUGGAUGGCUACAAGGGAGAUCCUGGUCUGAAAGGUGACAAGGGAGAGAAAGGACCUCCUGGAUCUAGAGGAGAGGAGGGCCCUGUGGGACCAAAAGGUGACCAGGGACCUUUGGGUGAGGUUGGACCACCAGGACCAAUAGGAGAGAAGGGUCAGAUGGGUAUUCCUGGCUACCCAGGCUAUGUCGGACCACCAGGAGAGAAGGGUAACCAUGGUCCCUCAGGUAAAAGGGGUCGUGAUGGAGAUAAAGGAGUAAUGGGAAUGCCAGGACCACAAGGUGAUAUGGGAGAAAGAGGACCAAGGGGCCAAAGAGGAGAGCGUGGUAACAUUGGUGCACCUGGACCCUCAGGGUUGAAAGGAGAGCAGGGGCCACCAGGACCCCCUGGUCCUCAGGGUGAGAGAGGACUGCCAGGACCCCAGGGAAUUCAGGGUUAUAUGGGACCACCAGGAUCACAGGGAUUCCCAGGAAAGGAUGGCAUGCCAGGAUUACCAGGAGAGCGUGGACCAUCAGGUAUCCCUGGCAAUCCUGGGGCAUCAGGUCCAGCAGGACCUGUAGGAAGACAGGGACCCCGUGGAGACCCGGGAGCAGAUGGGGAGAGAGGUUCACCAGGCAUUCCAGGUCAGCCAGGUAACCCAGGACCCUCAGGAGAACCAGGGAAGGUUGGACCUCCAGGUCCAAUAGGCAACCCAGGGCCAGCAGGGACGGAAGUUGGUGCCCCUGGACCCCCUGGUUACCCAGGGGACAGAGGGUACACAGGACCAGCAGGUUUGAUGGGACCUAAAGGAGAUUCUGGACCCCCUGGGCCACCAGGACCAUCUGGUGCCAAAGGAGAGCGUGGGGAGGGUGGAGAGCAGGGGAUCCCAGGUGUUAUGGGACGUCCAGGUCCUCCAGGGACACAAGGACCACAGGGACCAAAAGGAAACAUGGGUAUUGAUGGUGUGCAGGGAGUGGGAGGCCCCAUGGGUAGACCUGGACCAAGGGGUUUUCCAGGAUCUCCAGGCCCAGUGGGGCCACCUGGUGAGGAUGGUGAUAAGGGUUUCCCUGGAACCCCAGGAGCACAGGGAGCAAAGGGAGAUGCUGGGGCCAUGGGCCCACCGGGACCACAAGGACCCCAGGGACCAAGAGGCUCUCCUGGAACACCAGGAGUGCCUGGUGAUAUGGGUUUGAGAGGUCUUCAGGGUCCGGCAGGCCCCAAGGGGUCACAAGGCUUAACUGGCCAGCCAGGUGCCCCAGGGCCAGAGGGCAAGCAGGGCCCACCAGGUGCCACUGGUCAGAAGGGAGAAGCUGGGGAUCCAGGCAGACAGGGCAACAUUGGUAACCCAGGGCCAAUGGGUGAGACGGGACCUCCAGGUAUUGCAGGUGCCCCAGGUGGUAUGGGGCCAGAGGGCCAGACGGGACCCCCAGGAUCUAAAGGUGAUCCAGGGACGCCAGGACCACCUGGAACACCAGGCAGAGAUGGCGCUCCUGGUUCUCGAGGUGCCAAUGGUGGUAAAGGAGACCCAGGUAUGCCUGGUGCACAGGGCCAGCCAGGGCCAGCAGGACCCAGGGGAGAGCCUGGAAACAAGGGGGAAACGGGUCCCAUUGGAUUCCCAGGACCCCCAGGAGAGCCUGGCGGCAUGGGACCUAAGGGAGAACCUGGUCUUAGGGGAGAUGAUGGCAAGAACGGGAUACCUGGGCCAAUGGGUCCUCCGGGUCCAGCGGGCACACUAGGUCCCCAAGGUUCCAGAGGUAAACCUGGUGCCAAUGGUAUCCCAGGGCAGCCUGGAGCCCCAGGGGAGCCAGGAGAGAAGGGGGACAGGGGCUUCCCAGGAGGACAGGGAUUGCAGGGGCCACCAGGACCACCAGGUCACCAAGGACCCCCAGGACCCACUGGUGUCAGAGGACUUCCAGGACCAGCGGGUGAAGCAGGUUCCUCUGGACCACCCGGACCACCAGGCAAAGAUGGCGCCACUGGCCCCAGGGGACUGCCAGGACCAGUUGGAGACCCAGGAGUCAAGGGAGAGAAGGGGCACCAAGGUAACAUUGGCAACAUGGGAGAGAUAGGAGAGACAGGACCUAAGGGUGACCCAGGAAAACGGGGACCACCAGGAGCAGUUGGACCCAAGGGGGACACUGGCCCAGAUGGACCAACAGGACAGAUUGGUAGUGAUGGACCUGCAGGUCCAAUAGGUCAAGAAGGAAGAGUUGGACCAAAGGGUGAACCUGGUGUUGCAGGUCCCCCUGGUCCAGCAGGCCCACCUGGUCCACCAGGUCCACCUGGUCCUGUAAGCGAGAGUACCAUCAUUCCAUCUGAAUACCUCAGCUACAGACUGAGGAGAAGCACCAAAGAGAGAAAAAAGAGGGCAGCAGGACCAGAUUUGGCCAUGUACGAUCAGUCCCCUACAGUAAAAGAAGAGAUAAAUAAAAAGCAAGACACUGGUCCAAAUCCAAUGUCUCCAACACUGACGAGAAUAGUGGAGUCCAUCUUCCAACACAUUGACCAGCUUACAGAAGAUAUAGAAGGGAUGAAGUUCCCCAAGGGCAGCCGAGACAACCCAGCCCGUACAUGCAGAGACAUAUACCUAGGUCAUCCGGAGUUCAAGGAUGGCUGGUACUAUAUAGAUCCUAAUUUGGGUGUGGCCAAUGAUGCUAUCCAGGUCUGGUGUAACUUGACAGCUCAUGGAGAGACAUGUGUCUAUCCUGACAGAGAAAAGAGAAUGAUGAUUCCCAAAUUCUGGGAGAAAGCCAAAGAGGUUGACAACCCAGACAAGUGGUUCAGUGAGUUAGUGGGUGGUUUCAAGAUAAGUUAUGCCAAUGAUAUCCAGUUGGUGUUCCUUCGACUGCUGUAUUUCCAAGCCACACAGAAGUUUACUUAUUUCUGCACCAACUCUGGGGGUUGGUACGACCAGGAGAAACAGAACUACGACAGUGCCAUUAUGCUAGAGGGCGCCAAUGACUAUGAGUGGAAUACGAGCAAGCUGACACCGAAAGAAGUUAUAUUUGAUGGCUGUUCGAAUGGCCGAUCAAAUAGCUAUACAGUUUUCCAACUAAAGACCAGUAAACUAAACCAAUUGCCAAUAGUUGACUUUAUGCCGAAGGACUAUGGGCAACCAUGGCAACAGUUUGGAUUUGAAGUGGGGCCAAUUUGUUUCCGAUAAGCACUAAUGUUGCCCUAUCCCUGCUCACAUGGAGUGACUCUUGAUAGCUGAAUCCUAGAAUCUGACAGGGGUUGAUAAAGGCAAGGAAGGACUUGUUUCCUGCUUUGUGAUUUCAAUCCGAGUGCCAAUUGAGGAAAAAAGUUGUAAAUAUGGCAUUGAUUUAUGGUCAGCAAAUGAUCUUUUUUGAGAAGUAAGUUAUAUGGUAUGGAUAUUUGAUAAGAAGUGAAAUAAUGAGCGAAAAUAUUCAUCAAUAUAUUAGAUAUUGUUUCAUUAAAUUUUUUUGAGUGAAUAAGUGGACUAUAAAGGCUCUGAGAUAAAAAGAUCCACCUUUCAUUUCCAGUUUGCUUAAGUCAUCUACAUAGGCAAAGAGAAAUGUUUCACAUCUUAUCUGUUCUUGCCACAUUGAAAUCACAAAUGCAGGAAGCAAAUUAUUUCUGUUCUUGUACAUUCUCUAAUAGAAGGAACAGCUUGUUGAUGAGUUCUUUGUUUAAGGGCAUGGGGGAGCAACAAAGUGAUGUAUGAUAUGUGUAGAGAUGAACAGCUGGGCUUUCAGCCUUCUAGCUUGCCUGGCCAAGGUAAUUGCGCCCAUAAAUCGUGUUCUUGACUAAUUAAUGGCCAUCAUAGCAUCUUUUGAGGGAUGUCCAUAUAAAGUGAGUGGACUAUUAUACUAGAACUACAUUGAAAACACUGCAAAACAUAAAAUAGUUGGAUUACUGCAAUUUUUUCAGCAACUUUUUCAACCAGUCAGACAUGGCUGUGAAUAUAGAAUUUGAUAGUUUACUAAUAUAUAAAUUACUAUGGAGAAAUAAGGCCAUUCCCUAAACACUCUGUUUGCCAAUAAAAACUCUCUCUAUUUUAUCUCUCUCAUCUGUUCCUCCACUAAGCGUGGCUUGUCUUGGUUGAAAAAGUCAUGUGAACCAAGACAAGCCACACUCUUAAAUCUGACAGAAGCGUACCGUUAUCUUGGUGAGGUAAGCUUUAAGGUGUCUCAACCAUUGCAUAUGACAACUUUGCCUUGCUUGCCUUUGGUUGCAAGAAUUAAUUGCAUUGUGUAUAUUUAAUGAAAGGUUUUGGACAUAGAAAGCUAACUAAAAUCUGGUUAUUUUUAUCCCAAGAUCGAACUGACUUUAAAGGGGGAAAAAAAAAGAUGAGCAAGACAAAGUUGCAAUGUGCAUUGUAAAUGGUAGGUACAUGAUUGGCCAGACUUGAGUCAAAUACAUUACAUGAAAAAUAAUAUUUUAUUUGACCCUGAAACUUGUAAUUUCAAAGUUCCAUCCAAUUAAAAAUGCAUAUAGGUAUUUAUGUUUUUAUUUAAUUUUAGAUGUUCCAUUCCAUAAAUUCUCAAUUUUAGUGUUUAAUGUCCAAUGUUCAUGUGCAUUCUUUUCACUGACAAUUUCAAUAAGAUUCCACUUUUUAUUUUGAACAUUAGAUAGAGUACAGUGGGUACAUUCGUAUGGCUCUUGCUUCUGACCAAACAGGCACCUACUGGCUUAUAUUAUGUGUACCAUAUAGACGAGCUAAGCUUUAUUGGUUUGAUGCAAUAAACUUAUUAACUUUUACACCGUUUUUGAUAUAGUGUAAAGUGUAGCCUAGAGACUAAUCUGCAAAACAGAGUUCAGUUAAUCACAUUAUAUAAUAAUAACUUCACUAUUAGCAAUGAUGGUGUAUUGGAGAUUUCAAAUGGUGCUAUACAGUAUAUCUGUGAUUUUUAGAUUCUGCAGAGAACUUGCAUUCAGUUAUUGUCAAUGGGACACAGUUUCACAAAAGAAAGUAGCUCAAAAGUUCAAUGCAACUUCAGUUCUGAAAAUUUUGUAUCUGUGUUGUCCUUGGAUAUGUCUGUAUUAGUCCACUAAAAUGAAAUAGCUAUUGGUCUAAAACAUCAUUAGUGUCUUACCUAUAGUAAGGCAGAGCCGAUAUCCCUAUUUAAAUGGACUAUCUGUGGUGUAUUUUGGGUCAAGAUAGAUAAAAAUUUUAUAGGCUUUUUAGUUGGAGCGAACUUACAACAUGCCUUCUUUUAUGAAACUGGCCCCAGCUAGGGCUUUUCCCUGUGGUUUCCAAUAUGAAGGGCAGGCAAUGAUGGCUAAGGCCAGCACACAUGGCGAGCUCUCUGCUGAGCUUCCAACCUCAUGAGCCCAACAAUGUCAACUCAUUGCUCACGUUUUGGUGAGUUUUAUUUUUGCCUCAGGAGAUAUGAUACUCAGAAACAUGUACUUGCUAUAUAUCUCAAGUUGGGGCACAUGCAGACCUUAUGGCUCAGACCUUACAUGGCAAGUAGCUCAGCACAAAGCUCCAAGUGUGUGUUGAACAAAAAAGAGAAAAAUUCACUGGUGGUAAACAAAUGUGUAAACUCCAUUCUGCUAACAUCUGGAAUAAUAAACUCCAAAUUGUCUUUUAGUUUCGCAGAUUGCCCAGUCUUCCAUAUUGAAAUCUGCAAGGAAUGAGAACAAGUAGGAAUCCACCCAGCUCAAAUGAUUUUGUAGAGCAUUGCAGUAGUUAAGGCACAAGUAAAAGUGACAAUCAGGUCUCACCAAAUGCAAUUAUCUGUAAUCUGAACAAUUUGGGGUCGUAUCCGUCUUUGAUGCGACGAAAGUUCUCACCCAACAAGAGAAGGGAUUGCUAGUUUGCCCCUUUUUAAAGCAGAAUUUCUUGUGAAACACCUAAGAAAUUGGGCCCACUGUUUUGGAGGAGGGGCACAGUAGUCAGAUUGGUUAAAGGCCAGGCUGGAAAACAAGAUAACACCGUUUUUUGUUUUAUUUUUAAUCGCUGCAUUUUUUCAGUGAACACUUGUAGUAAUAAUUUCAAGAAUUGCUUUGGGUACUAUGCCAGGGUACUCUGUCCAGUGGGCUUUCAUAAGCAGAGGUGAUACCACUAAUAUUAUCAAUUCCACCUUGUUUGUGUUCAUUAAGUCACAGCAGUUUUACUCUUUAGAUACUAAUCAUAGCUAUUAUGAAGCCCUUUAUUUUUAUCAGUAAUUAUAUACCGACACUUGCAGUGUUUGAGUAAUGUGAGCGCUUCUGUGUAUACAUGUUGUUGUCAACCAAUACAUUCAUUGACCUGAAAGAUCCCAAAUGUCUUUUUUUUUUACUAUAGGUUUAUUGGAAGGUUUUGUUUGAUAAAAAUGCAUGCACAUUUUGAAAAGAGGAAUGGUUGGAUCCCAUCUCUAUCCAAGCACCAUUUACAUUUAUUGUGACAAUUGUUAUAAUUAUCUACCAAGGUUUAAUUGAACAAAAUACAGGUUGAAUUGAAAACUAAUUGUAAUAUAUUGUAAACUUUUAUUGUACUAUGGACGCAAAAUUAAUUUUUGAUUAAACACAUUCUGAGUAAAAGUAAGUUUCUUAAAGAAACAGCAACAUAAAUAUUUUUUUGCAUUUCUUUCAGAACAGGUUUUGGUUCAAAUAUUGAAUCCAAAAUAUGAGGACUGAUCUACACAUUCAGUCUGAACUCGACUCCUGGCAUGGCCAUAGAGCCUUCUUCCAAAUGUUUUUGUUUAGCAUCUGUAUAUUUGCCAGCUUUGCUGCCUAGUACUUCCAUCAUGUUUCAGCCUGGCCUCUGAACUGCUGUUGGGUUUCCCACUGCCAGUGUAUUUAAGCUGUAUCACUGCCAUAUUGUGGAAUAAACUUUGUAAUGACUGGCAUCAAGUGUUUGUUUUACUGCUCUUCAGGUGGCCUGGUUCACAAAACAACUUAAUUUUGACCUAAAAUUGGUAUUAACUUUUUAAACUGAAAGUUGGUAUAAACUUUAAGACCAUCCUACUAAACUGGGGGAAUAAGCAGUUUCUUGUGGUUCAAAAUAGGCCGAAAUUUUGGUUUGGAGAGUUAAUAUCAAUUUUUGGGUUUAAGCUGUUUUGUGGACAUGGCCCCAGUGUUUCAAUAAUUUAUGUCCAUUGCAUUUUAUAAUUCUUCAUGCUGUCCCAUUUGGUAAAACUUCUUCAUAACUUUGCACUGUAUG